GGAACUCAUCAGAAAAGGAGCUCAAAGCCCUCGAGGAAAUGAUGAUUGUUGGUUUAUCGGUAGGGACAGGAAAACCACGCUGUCUCGCCGGGUUUGUUCCAGGCCACUGACCCAAUAAGAAGCUUCGUCUCCUGCGGUUCUGACUGCCUGAAAGAUCAAACCUGGCUGUGCCGCAGUGUAUUCAUUCCCCCCAGGGUCAAGGACAUAAUGUGACACAUCUCAAUCCCUGACUGCCUGACUGACACACACCGAGGCCACCAUGCAGGAGUGCCACACCGCACUGUGUCUGUCCGUCUACAUUAUCACCUUUGUGCUGGGCUUUCCGGCUAAUCUCCUCGCCCUCUACACCUUCUCCAAGAAAGUGAGGAAGAAAUCCACGCCGAUCGACAUCCUGCUCCUCAACCUGACAAUCUCUGACCUCCUCUUCCUCCUCUUCCUGCCCUUCAAGAUGCAGGAAGUAAUGAACAACAUGCUCUGGGACAUGCCCUACCUGUUGUGUCCGCUGUCUGGCUUCAUCUUCUACAUGACCAUUUACAACAGCACCUUCUUCCUCACUGCGGUCAGUGUGGAGCGCUACCUCGGCGUGGCUUUCCCCAUCCAGCACACCCUGAAGCGUCGUCCCGUGUAUGCCGUCGCCGCCAGCAUCUUCUUCUGGAUCUUCUCCUUCCUGAACCUGAGCAUCGUGUUCGUCAUGCCCUUUAUCCGCUCUGACAACCCUCUGAAUACUACCUUAGGCCUCAAUGACACUGCCGUUGAUCAAGAGAGGAAGGAAGUGUGUUAUGAGAACUUUACCGAUGCCCAGCUGAGGGUCCUCCUGCCCGUGCGUCUGGAGCUCUGUGUGGUUUUGUUCUGCAUCCCUUUCCUGAUUUGCAGUUUCUGUUACAUCAACUUCAUCAGGAUUUUGACCAAGCUGCAGCACAUUGACCGCCGCCGGCGCCUCCGGGCCAUCGGCAUGGCUCUAGGAACAAUUCUGGUGUUUGCUUUAUGUUUCGGGCCCUAUAACGUCUCGCAUAUUGUCGGUUAUAUCACAUGGAGAAGUCCCGACUGGAGGGACAAAGCGUUGCUGUGCUGCACCUUUAAUGCUUGUCUAGACCCUCUUAUUUUCUACUUCGCCUCUUCUGCUGUGAGAAAGAAUGUUGGUAGUGUGAUGGCAGGGGUUAGGAGUCGCCUAAACCGGUGCAUGUCCUGUCACAUGCUCAGGGCCUUGUGUGGGGGGAUUAACGAGACUGCAAAAGAUAAGGAACACAAACAAGAAGAGAUCAAUGCUAUCUAGGCUGACUGAGAGAAAGCUGUGAGCAGCUGCCUUCGCUAUGUUCUUUCUUCAUCCCUGGAAGCAGGGAAUCAAUGCCAUGUUUAUGUUUUUACAUGUGUGGGGAUGGCCUGGCAUACUGUAUGUAUACAGUGCAGCAUGUCCCUCUUUGAUUCAACUUCCCUCUGAGAAACGAGACCAAAGAGAACCGCUUCGGUCUGUCGGAGCAGACCAGAGCAGUUUGUAUGCACUGUGAUAAGAAUAGCCAGACCACUUUGAACUGCCAUAUUUUAAAGGAAUAACUGUUCUUACAGAGCAGCAGGAUUUCAUAAAGAUCUCCCUCCAUGCAGUUGGUGUUGCCGAGUGCUCCGCCAACAAAGUGUAUAUCUUAGCAACAGUUGUAGACGUCACCUCUUAGCAAUAAUAGAUAAAGCUUUCCUAAUAGCUUUAACCAUGGACAGGAUAUUUCUUCUUUUUGUUACAACAUGUUCAUUAUGUAAAAAAGGAGGAGAGACCGGGAUUUGUGCAGCUUUACAAAAACACAUAGUAUGCAGCUAUAAUGUUGUUUGCUUUUUAUGUGAACAUAUAAUUCUGUGUUUUGCCUUACAUGGGAGACCAUUGUCAUGCGGAUUUUAGUUUACAAAUCUAUAUUUAUAUUGGAUUUGAUUAUAUGGUCAUGUUUAAACCAUACGUGGUACUAAAGAAUCAUAUUUGUAUGAAAUGCUGUAUGAAUAUAUGAAAUCUGAAAGCCGUAUGACGGGGGAUGUUAUUGCAAAAGAGAAAACACAGAAAUGCUAUUUGCAUACAGAAAUUGAAUAAACAUAUAUUUUGCAUAA